AAUUUACAAUCCCACCUCUAGUAGCGUUGAUCAACCAGCUGCCCAAGCCCAUCUCUAGCGAUAUGUAUGGUGGUUGUUGGUCGUGCUCUAUAUAACAUGCAUAGGUAUUUGUUGAACAUUUCUUACAUCGGCACUACUUUUCGUGGUAUUCAGAAGACGGUGAACAAACUGGAGCAGUCGCGUCUGGACACAAACUCCAUACAAGGCUGUUUGGAGCUUGCGUUGCAGGUUUUUCACCCAACAAACGAAAUACACACCGUGCUGUCCAGUCGAACAGACGCCGGUGUACACGCCCUGCACUCCACGGUGCAGGUGGACCUGGAGCGGACUAAUGGACAGCCCUAUGAUACAACCAUAUUAACUGGGGUGCUCAACCGAACCCUUAACAAACAGCGUCUUCCCAUUCGAGUGCUUAGUAGUAAGUUGGUGGCCAACUCCUUCCACUGUCGCUACGACGCCACUGGACGGACCUAUCUCUAUCGCUUUGCCGUGGCAAAGGACCCACCCUUGGGAGACUGCAGUCUCCGGAAUAGGUCGUUCGAGACCUUUAUACCAGUUGAAGAAAUCGAUCGCUGUUACUUUCUGCAAUCUUCUAGCUUCGAUAUCAAAAGAGUCCAGGCUGCAUCGCGAAUGUUUAUCGGCGUCCACGACUUUCGAACUUUUAUGAGUGUCAGUCGCCAGAAAGUUAGUCGGGAUCAUCCAAUGUUUACAGUGCGCAAAAUCGACGAGAUUAAUAUACGUCCUGGUGAAACACGUGCAUUGUCUUCGAACGCUAUUCUGGCCGCUGAAACAUAUAACUAUUGGGACAUCGAGAUUAGGGCUAAAUCGUUUCUAUACAAACAAGUAAGGCGCAUUGUCGGCGCACUAAUCGCUUUGGGUAACGGACGUAUAGACGAGAGGUGCCUAUAUCAGAUGCUCACCAUUCCCUCGAAGAAUUCUUGGGAUCACCGUGUGCUCCUGGCUCCAGCUUGUGGGCUUUACCUUUGCAGAGUGCACUACCGAGAAACGGACAUUUAA